UUUAAAUAUAAAAAUUUCUACAUUUUUCGAAAAUGUGUAUGCAAUAACCACUCCACACACUACAGUAUAACAGAGUUUUACUGAUAAUAAAACCCCCCUGAGACCAAAAUUUCCGAUUUUCCCCCUAACCUUUCUACUCAAUUUUUCGGCCGAAAACGGACGAGCGUUCUUUUAACUAUUUUUUCAGCUUCAUAGCUAUUUCGGACAAAAGGGGGUCACAUUACAAUACUUCAGGUACAAAUAUGAAGGCCCCAAGGAGGCCGAUCCAAGCGGCGGCGGCAUGGGUGCGGCGGCAACCGCCGAAGGUGAAGGCUUUUCUGGCGGUGGUCACCGGCAUGGCGGCGCUCGUUCUCCUCCGCGCGAUUGUUCACGACCACGACAAUCUGUUCGUGGCGGCGGAAGCCGUUCACUCGAUCGGAAUCGCUGUCUUGAUCUACAAGCUGAUGAAGGAGAGGACUUGUGCUGGGCUUUCGCUCAAAUCCCAGGAGCUAACAGCUAUCUUUUUGGCCGUGAGGUUGUAUUGCAGUUUUGUCAUGGAAUAUGACAUCCACACUGUGCUCGACAUGGCUACUCUUGCUACAACCUUGUGGGUUAUUUAUAUGAUUCGUUUCAAACUGAGAUCAAGUUAUAUGGAGGAUAAAGACAAUAUCGCAUUGUAUUAUGUGGUGAUCCCUUGUGCUGUUAUAGCUUUACUAAUUCACCCGUCUACAUCACAUCACAUCAUCAACAGGAUUGCCUGGGCUUUCUGUGUUUAUCUCGAAGCUGUUUCUGUGCUACCUCAACUUCGUGUCAUGCAAAGCACAAAGAUUGUUGAACCUUUCACGGCUCAUUACGUAUUUGCACUUGGUGUUGCUCGGUUCUUCAGCUGUGCUCACUGGGUUCUCCAGGUUUUGGACACACGUGGAAAACUCCUUGUGGCUUUGGGCUAUGGACUAUGGCCUUCAAUGGUUCUCUUAUCCGAAAUUGUCCAGACAUUUAUCCUAGCCGACUUUUGCUAUUACUACGUAAAAAGUGUUUUCGGGGGGCAGCUUGUUUUGCGUCUUCCUUCUGGAGUGGUGUAGCUAUAUAUUGGUAAUUUACAUAAAAUGUUUUUCUUCUUGNAAAUCCUAGUUUUGGUUGUAAACUCGGCAGCUUACACGAGAACUCACAUUAAUAUUGAGUGAUAAAAAACAGUAAUUGGAUUAACUGUCUGUGUACCAAUUUGGUUUUUGGAUUAGAUCGUUUCUAUUAAUCUUGUGAUCAUUUUAUGUCUGAGCAUAUCACGUCAUUGUAUUUUUUGGUUCCUUCAGUUAUAUCAGUUGUUUUUCAACCGCCUGUGGAA